AUGACAGAGCGCAAACGUGGUCGACCUCCGCAGCGUGUUCGUCCUUCGUCCAAAACCCCAAAGCGCAAGCCUGCCAAAGCCAGCGUCGAGAAAGGGCAAUUAUACAAAGCGAAACGCAUCCUCGACGAGGACAAGGCCAACUAUCUCAUCGAGUGGGACGAGAUCAAUCCAAAGACCAAGAAGCUCUACGAGCCGAGCUGGCACCCUAAAGCUUGUGCCACCCCUGCACUCAUUGCCCAGUGGAAGCAAGAUAAAGCAGGCAAAGAGUGGUCUGCCCAAGGGAUAGUCGCUGAAAAUGACUACUCGUACAAAAUCUCGUGGGAGGACGACCCAAAGACCGGCGAGGUCUACCAAGACACCUGGGAGCCUAAGGCCUUUGCUAGUGAAGCCAUAGUCAGAGAUUGGGAGCUGCGCAAGGCCGACCUCGAGGCACGAGCCAAGAAAACCCUCGCCAGUAAUGAUCGUGGGUCAGUUAGUGAGAGCGAGGAGGACGUGCAAGAACACUCAGAUGAGAGCGACGAUGAUGCUUUGCAGCAGCAAAUCGCCCAGGAAAUACAGUCAUCACCAUCCCGCUCUAAUACCCGCGGCCCUUAG